UCAAGGCCUGGUAGGCCUCCUAAACGUUCCUUGGGAGUGUUGCAGGACAAUGCGCGCCUUCUGCCACAUUCAGUUCCAGGCCUCUUAUCACCAGGACUUAUCACUCCCACAGGUAUAACUGCUGCAGCCAUGGCUGAGGCAAUGAAGCUACAGAAAAUGAAGCUUAUAGCUGUGAACACUCUUCAGGGAAAUGGAAGCCAAAAUGGAACGGAAUCAGAGCCUGAUGAUCUUAAUUGUAAUACAGGUGGGAGUGAAUACUCAUGGGAUAAGGAUAAGAUGCAGUCUCCUCUUGCUGCUCCUGGACCUCAACAUGGAAUUACUCAUGCAGCCCUGGCUAGCCAGCCAGGCCUUGGGGGCGCUCCUACCCUCAAUCCACUGCAGCAGAACCACCUCCUGACCAAUAGGCUAGAUCUGCCAUUUAUGAUGAUGCCUCAUCCUCUACUUCCAGUCAGCUUACCUCCUGCAUCAGUUGCCAUGGCAAUGAAUCAGAUGAACCAUCUAAAUACUAUUGCCAACAUGGCUGCUGCAGCUCAGAUUCACAGCCCACUCUCUAGAGCUGGGGCCUCUGUUAUAAAGGAAAGGAUCCCAGAGAGUCCUUCUCCUGUUCCCUCUCUGGAAGAGAAUCAUCGCCCGGGGAGCCAGACCUCCUCCCACCCCAGCAGCAGUAUAUCCAGCUCUCCCUCUCAGAUGGAUCACCAUUCAGACAGAAUGGAAGAGGUACCAGUUCAAAUCCCAAUGAUGAAGUCAACAUUGGACAAGAUCCAACUCACUCCUGGGCAGGCAUUGCCUCCUGGAUUCCCUGGACCAUUCAUUUUUGCUGAUAGUUUGUCUUCUGUGGAAACUCUGUUGACCAACAUUCAGGGUCUACUGAAAGUGGCUUUGGAUAAUGCUCGCAUCCAGGAGAAGCAGAUUCAACAAGAAAAAAAGGAACUGCGAAUGGAGCUCUAUAGAGAAAGAGAAAUUAGAGAAAACAUUGAAAGACAACUCGCAGUAGAGCUUCAAAGCAGAACUACCAUGCAAAAGCGCCUGAAGAAGGAGAAAAAAUCCAAGAGAAAACUGCAGGAAGCUUUGGAAUUUGAAUCAAAGCGUCGGGAGCAAGUGGAACAAGCCCUUAAACAAACCACUAGUAAUGACAGUGGCCUGAGGAUGUUGAAAGAUACUGGGAUUGAAGAUAUUGAAAUAGAAAACAACGGGACUCCUCAUGACAGUACUGCUAUGCAAGGAGGUAACUGUUACUGUUUAGCAAUGUCACAACUGUUUUAUUCAGCCUGAAAGGUCCUCGCUGGCUUUACAUAAAUGAAGAUGCUUGUGAUUACAACUUAUCUCUGAAACUCCACAGCAUGGAGUUAUUUCAGUUAUGUUUAUCAGCAACACUUUGUUUACUAAAACAGCUCUUCAGUCUAAAUUGAUUUAUAAAAAAGGAAUGUGUGUGCAUUUUAAAAGUAAUGAUGUGAACUUGUCCUCACAUUAGAUUGACCAGUUUAAGACUAUGAGCUAAAUUCUCAUGGUUUAAGUAACCUGACCAUAUUUGAUGCUUUUCUAUGUUCACUUCAGCUUGGCCUUUUGUCUUUAAAAGAAAAAAAUGUGGUAUUGUGUUAGAGACUAGAAAUUUAUAUGUAUGUUUCUCUGUUCUAUGAUAUAUUAAGUUAAAGUACAACUUCUUUGUUUAAAAAAUGUACUUGCUAAACUUCAGUAUAAAUAAAAGCAUUUUGACUUUG